AUGGCAGAAGGUGGACCUCUUUAUAAUUUACGGGACUCUACGAAGGAAGUACGUAGUGAAACGGAUCGAAUGGAGGAGGAGAGAAUGCGAAGGAGACUAAGUGAACUUGAAGAGAGGAAGAGGAAAGAGUUAGAACUGAAACAGUUCACUGAACAGAGGGAGAAACUGAUAAUAGAAAGAACAGAGGCACAUAUGGACAAUCAUAUCUAUGAACCGGAGUUUAGGUCCAUUGAUAACCUGGAUUUGUCAGCUGAAACUAGAUUACUGGAUCACAAGUUGGAUACUCUUAAAGAAAGUGAACAUGAACAUAUGCAUAGAGGGUCAUUGUUGAGAUCACUCGAGAAAGAACCUCAACAAGGGUAUGUGACUAGUAAUGCAACGCCAAAGUCAUUUCUUAAUGAGUGUGCACAGGGAAUUGAAAGCAGAAGACAGGGCUCUGAUUCAUCUUUAGCAAAAUUGAAUGAAAGUAUUCGAAAACUUGAAAUGGAUGUAUAUUCGAAAGAUCAGACAAUUGGUUGCAUGAAAACAGAACAGGAGAAAGACAUGUAUAGAGCAAGCACUCCCACUGUUGCCAGUAAAGCAUUUACCUCUGAAAGGUAUUUUGAUAAAUUACAAACUCUUGAAAAUGAAUUGCAAAGCAAGUUUUCAAAGCUUGACAUAUGGAGUGAAAAGCUCUCAAAGCAGGAGGUACAGUUACAAAGGAAAGAACGUUUGUUUGAUGAUAUGAUGAGAAGCUUUAAGGAAAGGGAGAACCAAUUAAUGGAGCAAGAAAAGUUGGCUGUCCAGGAACGAAUUGUUCAGAAAAGGGAAAUAGAAGAGUUAGAAAUGAAAAUUUUAAGACAAGAGUUGGCACUUAGAGAGGAUCGUACAUAUGAAAGACCAAGCAUAGAGUCUGAAUAUGAUGUUGGUAGAGGGGAGUUGAAGGAGAAUAGAUUCGAUAGGCAAAAUGAACUCGGAAGGAGUGAGAUAAAUGGAGGUGCUGCACUUAACACAGUGGAUCACAUGAAUCUGAAUGUAAAGUUGAAUUUGGCAUCGUUCUCGGGCAAAGAACCUGUACCAAAGAACGAGUCCUCAUUUGAAGAAUUCAAGUUAGAAUUUGAGAGUGUCAGACAAAUUUAUUCUGAGCAAGUUUUGAAACAGACUCUGAGAAAGACCUUGAAAGAACAGGCGAGGAAAACCAUGCUUCAUCUUGGCACCAAAGCAACAGUGAAUGAUAUUAUGAAGAGUUUGGAAGAGAACUUCGGUAACGUUGCUAGCGAAGACAGUAUAUUGUCUAGAUUUCUUCUAGCAGAACAGAAGCAGGAUGAAUCUAUUGUAGAGUGGGGGCUUAGGUUGGAGGACAUAUUACUUCAGGUGUGUCAUAAAUCCAAAAUGGAUGAGACGGAGAAAAGGUUAAAGUUGAAGAAUAGAUUUUGGAGAGGACUAAGAAGUGAUGAGUUAAGACAAUCAACAAGAGCUCACUUUGACAGCUCGAUGUCUUACGAAGAAUUGAAGAAUAAAGUCAGGAGUGAAGAAUAUGAGAUACGGCUAAUGAAAGAGCGCACAGGCGUUAGGUCGAAGACUGGAAAGGUGAAUGUAACAAGUGCUGAAAUUCAAACCAAAGAGACGAAUGAUUUGAUAUCUAAUUUGAUGAAGAAGAUAGAGAAUUUAGAUAGGAAAUUUGAAGAUAUGAAGAAAGCACAAAUUGGACCGGACAUUGACAGGACAUAUGAGAAUCGACAAGAUCAGGGACGAUACAGAGGGGCAAAGAGUAGAGGAAGAGGAAGAGGUGGUUAUAGUAGAGGGAGAGGAGAAGUUGGUCAAAAUAACCAGGAGUUUGAAAACAAAGUCAUCGAUGAUCAGAAGAAUUUAAACCAGUAA